UGCCAGGAAGAAGCAGAGUUUGUUGUGGGCGACAGAGAUUUUUAUACCGAAUUUACCAGUUGAAAAGGAAUUAAUUUAGCAAAUCAGUUAAUCAAAACAUCCGCAAAGAUGGCGAAAAUGGCAUUUCAGCACCAGGCCGGCACGGCGAUGGAAUGUUUGAGCAUUCCCAUCACGCUGCACAAGGAGAAGGACUACGACCAGGAGGGACGCGAGAUCCUCAAGUGCGGCUUCAAGAUCGGCGGAGGAAUCGACCAGGACUACAAAAAGAGUCCACAGGGAUACACGGAUUAUGGCAUCUAUGUGACCGAAGUGCACGAGGGCAGUCCCGCCGCUCGAGCAGGCCUACGGAUCCACGAUAAAAUCCUCCAGUGCAACGGCUACGACUUCACCAUGGUCACCCACAAAAAGGCCGUGAGCUACAUCCGGAAAAACCCCAUACUCAACAUGUUGGUGGCCCGCAAGGGCGUCACCUCCACAUAAGUGGACUCCGGAGCAGGACAUCCAGUCUCCAGUAUUGAAGCGGCAUUUAAACUAACCCUCCACCGCCUCUCUCGGCCAAGGAUCUCUCUGCCCCUGCAACCUAUCCGACUACCUAGAUAUACCGUAUUAUAUAUAUAUUAUACACAUAACUUAUGCAUAUCGCACACUCGUAUGUAGCCAGCCGAAAAUGUAGCACCUAGUAAUGCUUCUUGUGGACUUCGAUUUCGAUUUCUUUGCUCCUCCAUUGCUCCAUCACUUGUUGAACGAAUCGCCAAGCGCCCGAGCGCAAAACAGAUUGCCAAAUACCGAUAUAAACAAACAGUUCCACUAACCGCAGACGCAGACUCGAAUAUGUAAACAAUUUUGUACUUUUAUAUGUGCAGACCAUUCCAAAAAGAACAAACCGAAGCAAAUGACGAAACAUAGAUACAUUCAUAGUACGUACUUGUGAUAAAUGACUUUAACUGUGCAGAUAUGUGCGAAGAAGGCGCAUCACUUAAGUUUUAAAUUGAGUUUUUAAUGUUGAAUUGCAUUUGAAUAAAUGUUUGCUAAAUAAAUGUGCGAUUACUCAUUAUGGAUUA